AUGACUGUCGCGAAUACCACCAAAGCACUCUUCAUCGAUUUAGAGAACAAUCCCAAGGUCAUCGAACGACAAGGCCUCCCAAAGCCAAGCAGCGGCGAAUUGCUUAUCAAAGUUCUAUACUCGGGCGUUAAUCCCGCCGACAUCAAGCAUGCGACCCACCUAGGAAUGAACAAUACCGUCAUGGGCCAUGACUUUAGUGGUCAAGUCCUGGAAACAACAAAUCCCAAUUCUGUCUACAAGCCCGGAGAUAUUGUAGCGGGAAUCACACCCGCGGGCCUGCAUUCACCUGUUCACUACGGAGCUCAUCAAGCUUACAUCACAUGCCCGGAAGAUUUGCUGUACAAAGUCCCUGAUAACCUGCCACCACCCGACGCAGCGAGUUUGACUGUUGUUGCCAUGACAGCCGCUGAUGCGAUAUUCAACCAAUUCAAAUUCCCUCUCCCUGCAGAGAACAAAAGGCCGGCCCACGAUGGUCCAUUUCUGCUCUGGGGGGCAACAGGUUCUGUCGGAUACUGUGCCCUUCAGUUCGCCAUCGCAAGUGGCGUGUCUCCUAUUUUUGUUACUGCAAAGCCGGCGCAAUUCGAGCAUCUACGCUCUCUCGGUGUCGAGCAUCUAUUCGACUACCGGGAUGAGAACGUCCACGAGUCCAUCGCCAAAGCUCUGCGUGACUCGGGCUUUGAUAAGUUUUCAUACGCAAUUGAUGCCGCGGGAGCCCCUAGUUCGGCCGACCAGGUGCUUAAAGCUGUAGCAGACGAUACUAUCGUUGCUUCGGUGGUCAUACGGGAUAACAAGCGCUUCAAGUUCCCCGUUGCUUCAUCACUACAAGACUUUGUGAUUCAGCCCCCUGGCGUUCCUCAUCCGAUUUCCAUUCCUUCUCGACCUGCGGACCAUGCUAGAGCUUGGGAGGGCUUGAAGUGGGCUGCUGAACGUUAUGGGAAGGAAUUCCGCUUGCCACCGGUCCGUAUAGUUGAAGGAACGGCUGAGCAUGCGUUGGAAGAGAUUAAGCGUUUUGUCAAGCAAGGUGGAGGCUUUUCCAAAGUUUCUAUUAAGCAACCACUUGCAUAG